AUGCAGUUGACUCCUGACUCCAUCAAUCCUAAGGUGCUCGAAGCGCAGUAUGCCGUCCGUGGUGCCCUUGUCCUUCGCGCGAUGCAGCACGAACGUGCCCUGCAACAGAAACAAACGCUGCCUUUUAAUGAGAUCCUGUACUGCAACAUCGGCAACCCUCACCAGUUGAAGCAGAAGCCGAUCACGUUUUUCCGUCAGGUCUUGGCGCUGACAGACUAUCCAGACUUGUUGGACAUGCAAGGCUGCUCGGAAGUAUUCCCUGCCGAUGCCAUCGCCCGCGCAAAAGACUUUCACAAGAACACACCUGGCGGCACAGGAGCCUAUAGUGAGAGUCAAGGUCUACGGCACGUCAGGGAGAAUGUAGCCAAGUUCAUUGCGAAGAGAGAUGGAGUCACGGCGUACGCUGAUGACAUCUUUCUCACUGACGGCGCAAGCCAGGGGGUCCACAUCUCGAUCAUGUGUCUUGUGAAGAACGAGCUUGAUGGCAUCAUGAUACCCAUCCCUCAGUACCCGCUGUACACUGCCACCAUCUCGCUGAACGGCGGGAGAGCGGUGGGGUACUACCUGGACGAAUCGCAGGGGUGGACUUUGGAUGUUUCUGAGCUUGAUCGGGCGUUGAGGGAGGCUAGGAAUCAGGGCACAAACGUCAGGGCACUUGCGGUGAUUAACCCUGGAAAUCCCACUGGGCAAUGCCUUACGGAGGCAAAUAUUCGCCAAGUCGUGGAGUUUUGUGAGCGCAACAAUCUUGUGAUACUGGCAGAUGAAGUUUACCAAGCGAAUGUAUAUGGGGACGUUCCUUUCACAUCUUUCCGCAAAGUUGUGACGCACAUGAAGAGCAACGUCGAGUUGAUCUCGUAUCACUCGGUCUCCAAGGGGAUGAUCGGAGAGUGCGGAAGGCGCGGAGGUUACAUGGAGCUGAUCAACAUCGACCCGGUCGUGGUCGAGCAAAUCUAUAAGCUGUUUUCCAUCAGUCUGUGUUCGAACAUCGCUGGGCAGAUCAUUGUUGACUUGAUGGUCAACCCGCCGGCGAAAGGAGAUCCGUCUCACGAUCAGUAUGAGAGAGAGAUGAAGGACCUGUUUGAAUCCCUCAAGCGACGGUCUCAGAAGCUGCAUGCUGCCCUGAAUAGCAUGAAGAACAUCACCUGCACUGAGAUUGGAGGCGCCAUGUACGCUUUUCCGUCUAUUCACCUACCGCCGUCUGCGGUGCAGGCAGCCAAGGAAGCAGGGAUGACACCGGACACCUUCUAUGCGGUAGAGUUGUUAGAUGCAACGGGAAUCUGUGUGGUGCCCGGCUCCGGUUUCCGACAGAAGCAAGGGAGCUUUCAUUUCCGCACCACCUUCCUGCCUAGUGAGAGCAAGAUGGACGACGUCAUUGACAAGCUGCGCAAGUUCAAUCAGUCUUUCAUGGACAAGUACAGCUAA